AGUACGCACAUUCUGCUUCAGAGCUCCGGUAGAUCUGUUCCAAACUCAGCCGAAGCUCGAUUCACAAUCGGGUGGAACAAGAGGGAGCAUGGUCCCAGAAAAGCCCAACCACAGCAUUUCGGGCCUGCUCGAUUCAGGCGGGCCUUGCUACAGUUCAGCCCGACACAUCCACGCACAUCCACUAUAGUCUACCAAGAACUUUGGUACAAGGCUGACCUUCCUCCCUUCGCCAAACAUCGUCUCUGAGAUCCUUUUUGGCCCUUCUCCUUCUCUCAGUUGCGAGAGAUAGCGGAAUCCUCAUUCACUAUACCACACAUCUUGCCAUUAAGUGGAUUAUAGUUUGGGCGUGACGAUUCUGACUGUCAAUCCACAACUAUGGCAGAAGCCAAUGCUCAGGAGGCCAAUUCAGGAUCGGAUUCGGGAUCCAGGCCCACAUCAGCAAGUACGACCGGAGGCAAGGCUGCUCUGAAGGAGCAAUUUGCGGCCUUUGCCAAGUUUGGGGACAAGACUGCUGACGGAAAAACCAUCAAGCUUUCUCAAUCGGACAAGUGGUUCAAACAAGCCAAGGUGAUUGAUGGCAAGAAGGUCACCACCACAGACACCGGGAUUGCCUUCAGAAAAAUAAGCAAGAAUGGUCCAAAAUUGACGUUUACCGAGUGGAACAAAUACUUGGAUGAGAUUGCAGCCACGAAGAAAAUAGACCAAGGAGAAUUAAGCACGAAACUGACUGAAUGCGGAAAACCUGGCCUAUCGGGUGCCACGGUGGUCCAAAAAAGCUCGGUGACGGACCGCUUGACCGACACAUCCAAGUAUGGAGGAACUCACAAGCAACGAUUCGACGACGAUGGGAAAGGCCGUGGAAAAUCUGGUCGGGCCGACGCCAAAGGCGAUGGCUACGUCAGUGGCUACAAGCACAAAGACUCUUACGACAAGGCCCAUUAGUCAUCAUUCUCAACGCGAGAUUAAUGAAACGCAGCAUCCUAAAUCUGAAUUGGUCUGAUUUAUUCUCAUUCACUUCCUCAUAUGUGUUCAAAUCUGCAAAUAGCGACAGCUUCGCUUCCUUUUGAGUGCCGAAAUAAGUUCAGAUCACCCCUCAAACUCAAUUGAGUAUUCAAAUUUGUGUCCCAUCAAACUGCUUUCUAUAUAAAUACAUCCAUAACAUACUUGUUCAAGUAAGAUUCUAUUGAAUAAAGGCGAAAUCCUGCUUU